AUGACUGACAGGACGGGGCUGAGUGCCCUAAAAGGUGCUCCGCUGGUGGCAUCUAUUACAUCAGUGUGUGCUUCGUCAUUUUUGCUUUUUGGCUAUGACCAAGGUGUUAUGUCUGGGGUUGUAAUCUCCGAGUAUUGGCUCGAGGCCAUGGGACACCCUAGCACCGUUAUGACGGGCACUAUCACUGCUCUCUACGAUAUUGGCGCAGUAUUUGGAGCCAUUGGUGCUGCUUUGACGGUUGAAAGGCUUGGACGAAAGCGCGGGCUACUUAUCGGGGCAGCUCUCAUUGUUAUCGGUGCUGUACUAAUGGGUUGUUGCGUGGAGAGGAUUCAGAUGAUCGUUGGUAGAAUCGUGACUGGCUUAGGUAUCGGAUUCCUCACUUCCGUCGCCCCUGUAUACCAAAGCGAGAUCUGUCUACCCAGUCAACGUGGAUGGCAUUUAUCAUGCCAACUAUCAACAAUGUUGUUCGGAUUAAUGCUGGCCUAUUGGGUCAACUAUGGCUUCUACUUUCACCCCGGGGCUGUGCAAUGGCGGUUCCCUAUUCUGUUUCAAGCUGUCUUUGCGAUUUACAUUCUCGUCGUUGCACCCUUCCUACCAGACACACCACGGUGGCUUAUGUUGCACGAGGCAACGCCAGAGAAAGGAACCUAUGUUUUGUCAAAGUUGCGUGAUAAACCGACUGAUGAUCAAAUGGUGCAAAAGGAGAAGAACGAGAUUCUCUCCGCAAUCAAUAUCGAAGCUGAAGAGGAAGGGUCUUGGAAGUCACUUUUCUCAGAUGGAGGUUGUUCAGCAAACAAGCGGUUCUUCUUGGCAGUUGGAAUCCAAUUCAUGCAGCAGACUUCUGGAAUCAACAUUGUGACUUACUAUGCUCCCACCUUGCUAAAGAGCUCUUUAAACAUGACACAAGAGCGGGCACUUUUUGUCAGCUGCUUCCUCCAGGUGUGGUAUAUCAUAGCUUCGUUUUUGACGUGGUAUAUGAUCGACGCAGUUGGUCGUCGGCGGCUAUACAUUAGCAUGUCACUUGGGAUGUGUGUUGUGUUGAUCUGUGAGGCUGUAACAGUAGCGGCCGAUAAUCAACGGUCUGCUAUUGCUGCUGUCUUCUUCAUCUUUGCGUUUGAAGCUUGCUUUACAUGGGGUUGGAUGGCUACAGUAUGGGUAUACCCAGCGGAAAUCCUCCCUCUAAAGAUUCGCUCAAAGGGAGCUGCGCUCGCAGCUGCAGCAGACUUCCUUGGAAACUUUCUGGUGGUCGAAAUUACACCUCCGGCUCUAGAAAAUAUUGGCUAUAAAACAUACAUUAUCUUCGCAGUCUUCAACUUCGUCACUGCAAUUAUCGUGUGGUGUUUCUACCCGGAGACUUCAUAUCUCAACUUGGAAUCAGUUGACCUGCUAUUCCUCCCAGACGAAGAUCGCGAUCAGGAAAUUGCUUCAAAGGAGACAUUCCUGCAAAAGUCUUUCCAGUGGAGCGUUGUUCCUAGAGCACGAAUGGCUGUCAACGAGGCAAAGGCCAGACAAAAGGCGGGCCUUGAUCUCAUUGCAAUCGAUAUUGAAGCCGAUGAUAUUCCCGACGGAUUAAAGAAAAAAUUGGCAUCUGCUCACGUCGAGUUUAGGGAAUGA